CCCUAAUCGCUCUCUUAUCCCAUUUCUUCAUCGCAAAGCCCUCGCGCAAAGUCUUCUUGCUGGACUUCGCAUGCUAUAAGCCACCAACUUCUCAGAGCAUCUCCAAACAAGACAUGGUGGAUCGAACAAGGCGGUAUGUGAAUGCCAAAGAAGAGACUGUGGAGUUCACGAGGAAGACAAUGGAGAGAGUAGGACACGGUGACUCGACAUACUUGCCUCGGGCUUUCCUCAACGGCCCCAUUAAUCCAAGCUUGGAGGAGGCGAGGAGAGAAGCCGAGAUGGUUAUUUUUGGAGCUGUCGACGAACUGUUUGGAAAGACUAGAGUGAAAUGUAAGGAUAUAGGGAUACUAAUCGUAAACUGUUGUAUUUUUAAUGUUUCGCCUUCUAUGUCCAGCAUGAUAGUGAAUCGAUACAAGCUUAGAGACGAUAUUGCAAGUUAUAGUCUUAGUGGGAUGGGAUGCACUGCUGGACUCAUAGGCAUAAACCUUGCCAAACAGUUGCUUCAGGUGCACCAGAACAGCUACGCAUUAGUGGUGAGUACAGAGAAUCUUACCCAAAACUGCUACAUGGGCAACGACCAUUCCAAGUUACUCAUCAAUUGCGCUUUCCGUAUUGGUGGUGCUGCCAUCCUCCUCUCCAACCGGCCGUUGGAUCGCCACUCCUCCAAGUAUCAACUCAUCCACACCGUCCAAACCCACAUGGCAAGUUCUGACCGUUCAUACAACUGCAUCUUCCAAGAAGAAGAUCAAGAUGGACUCGUGGGAGUCACCGUGACCAAAGAUCUAUUAGUCACUGCAUCCAAAGCCAUCCAAUCCAACAUAAGCACAUUGGGUCCCCUAGUCCUUCCCGUAUCGGAACAACUCCUGUAUUUCGUCAACUACAUCAUAAGGUCCCUCCAUGUGGCAAAGAUCCAGCCCUAUGUUCCUAAUUUGAAGAAGUCUUUCAAUCACUUCUUGCCACAUGUUGGCGCGAAACCGGUUCUAGACGAACUGCAGAGGAGUUUGAAGUUGACCGAGGAUGACAUGGAAGCUUCUAGAAUGACGUUGUAUAGGUUCGGGAAUACAUCUAGUAGUACGGUGUGGUAUGAAUUGGCUUAUGUUGAAGCCAAGGGGAGGAUCAAGUACGGUGAUCAGGUAUGGCAUAUGGCCUUUGGAUCUGGGUUUAAGUGUACUAGUGUGGUUUGGCGAGCCAUCAGGACCGUUGACCUCGAGGUGAUGAAUCCGUGGAAUGAUGAGAUUGAUGAGUUUCCUAUGGACCUCAACAACAUUGCACCAUUCAAUAACUUCUUUGAACGUACAAAUUGAUACCAUUUCAACAAAUCAAUGGUGGGAAGGGUGGUGAUCAAUGCUAUAUUUGUUUAAUUUUAUUGUCUUUUUUAAAAAUAAAAAUAAAAAAAACCUUGUUGGUAGUUGUUGAUCUAGAACUUUAUGCAAUAGCAAUUCAGUUUGUUAUGUAAAACCUAUGCUU